AUGUCUUCGCCAAGCACCGAGGAACUGCUGAAGGCAGUCGAAGCUAGUCACGAACAAUACCUUCGCAACCUCAAAAGCCUUCAUGAGUCCAUGGCUAACGCCGCCAGGGAAAGACGAGACUCACGAUCCUCAGCAACCCUCCACCCCUCGCCGCUCCUCCGUCCUUCCCACAGCCCGGUUCAAAGCCCUGUGCAAAGUCCAGUGCUCCCUUCAGACGCCACCUUCCAACCAACCAUCCGCCGUGCCCGCCGCUCAACCCUAUCCGAUCCCACAGAGAAGCCACAACUCGGCAAUGAGAAGAAACACGUACCUUCCUCGAUCCACUCAGAGCUGGAUGUCGAAUAUCUACCCCUACUCGACGUCGCCAUCCCCCGUGCCGGAUCCGACGGCUCUUUCACCUCACCAGCACCGAGGCUCAUCGAACGACUCUCAUGGACCGAUGCUCAGCUGCUCAAUCACCUCAAACGUGUCGACUUCACUGGCGGCACUGCCAUUGCCCUGGCAGAUGUGAUCAAGAGACAAGACGAGAUUGGCGAGAACACCAGGUUCGAAGACUUCGCCGCGUACGAGAGUCGGGGUUACGUCAGUUCGACUUUCGAACUAUACGAUGUCGACCAGGACGGCUGCCCUCGGCCAGUCGGCAAGCAAUCUGAUCAAAGCCCGCGAGGCAACAGUAUGAUGCCUUCCUCCAGCCAGAUCGUCGAUGCCCCCACGGUGUGGAACGCCCUCAAAAACAUCCACGCUGAUGGGAAGGCGGUCGGUCUCGUUACCAUCCUCCAGGAGCCUUCGGCCCUGAUGCUCGGUGCUCUCCACAUGACUAUGAAGCCAUAUUUCGACAUGUCGGAGCUCCUCAACCACCUCAUCACCGAUCAUGAUAACAAAGGAAAGACCACCGCCUACGUCCACCGCGCCUUCGCCAAAGACCCGUCUGACUCUUAUCUCCGGCAGCGCGGUUUCUUCUUCGCUUUCAAGUACUAUACCGUCGUUGGCGACGGGCUCGAACCCGCCCCAUGGCAGAAGUAUGACAAUCGGCCCCCGGACAAGCGUUCGCGGGACCACAUCGAUAUCGCAGAGUGCAGCUCCAUCCUCGCACUCUCACUCUCCGGCCAACCACGACAGUCCGUCAAACAAACCCGUCGCCGUGAGGGUCCUCAGGAGGGCUUCCUCUUCGACACGUUCGCGCCAUGGCAUCUGCUAUCCAUCCAAUCAUUCCCGGACGACGAGCACACUCUUCGAGGCGGCGAGACAGAAGGCCGCAAGAACUUCCCUUCAGGCCCUUACGCCUUCAUGGACGCCCUGGUAACCGAGUAUCGCGACGCCACGAAGCGCAAUCUGGCACUACACGCCCGCAUCGCAAAGCUCAUCACCCCGCCAACGGAAUUUAUGUUCGACGCCCGACUGCGAGACAAACUCCUCUUCGAAGAUAAGCACUUCACGUACAUCAGGCGGUACUUCUGGGCGUACAACACCCUAGGCGUCGUCAACGAGGGUCUCCGCGCCAUGCUGGCCGCCUACCAUGACAAUUUCCCAGACGACUUCUGGGAGGGACGGCAUCCGACGUUGUGGCCUCACCCGGCGCCUGAUUCCCCCGAAGGCAAAUCCUACCGCGACAAGAUGGCGCUUCUCAGGCUCGAUCUCGAGCGUGCCUGUCGGGACCUUGAAGCGGUGCACAGGAAGAAUGCGCAAACGAGGAAGGAGAUCGAGAAUCUGCGAGACCAACUAUUCAGCGGGAGUUCCAUCAAGGAGUCCCGACGGGCGAUCGAGCAAGGUGACAACAUCGAGGUUCUCACUUUAGGUUCCAUGGUGUUUUUGCCCCUGACUUUUGUCAUUUCCGUCUUUGGCAUAACAGAGUUCACGAUAUCUCCGCAAGACUGGCGCUUCGCAGUGACCAUGGUUUGCGUCUGCGUGCCGUUUAUCAUAGCACUCAUACUGCUGCAGACGCGGGCUGGGUACUCUUUGGCGAGGUACACAUUCGUCUUCAUCACAUGGCCAGUCCAUCAAGCCUCGAAGAAAGAGGAGGCUAACCAGUCGUCGUCCUCCGCCAACUCCUCAAACAACAGUGGAAGUAAGACAGAGCUCGUGGGCAGGAUGGAAGUUUUGGCAGAGUAA